AUGGAUAAACGUCAAGGCAAAGUCUCGAGUAAGAUCGACUGGAACCAGUUUGUCCAAGAGCCUGAUAUUGAAGUCAAAAGCUCAUUUGCGGCGACAACACAGCAGAAUAUAAUACUUGUCCAUCGAAAUUUUGAAAGAUUUGUCCACAAUCUGAAGCCGCAAGAAUACAAGUACUGGCUACAAAAUAUCAAUCUCAGGGUCAUCGAAGGAUUCUUCCGAUGGUACCUAGAGAAUCAUGCAGUGGUGCACCAGUCAGGCUUCCUCGUCUUUGCAAGAUACUUUAGGAUGUAUUGGUGUGAAGAGAUGGGUCAAAUAUUUGAUUAUGACCUGAGACGUCGAAUGACUAUGCUCGUUUGCACUACUCUUACCGACGAAUAUGAACUAGAGCUGGGUGGCAAAACACAACCAUCGAUGAAUAUAGAUGAUCUUCUAUAUACCACACACCAUCUUGUUGGAAUAACCAAUGUAUGGUUCCCAACUGUGCGUUGUCGGCAGCAGCAUAGUACACUGCGAAAGAUGAUGACUUCAACAUCUGCUAGACCUGGUACAUUGGUCGAAUCCUCCGGAUACAUGAGGCAGAAUGACGCUCUGUUAUGGAAGGAUAUUGAGCUCUACAUGGUGAAGCAUCCAGAGCAUCCGACGUGCAAAGUACUUCUAAUGAGAGUCAAACAUCGACUGAACAAAGGAAGGAGGAAUCGUGGUGUGGCGCCGGUUUACACAUACACUGAGAGAAAUGAUAACUUGGGUCUAUGUGUCAUCCAAGAUAUCUUAGAAUAUGCAUUUCUCGAUAAUGCUUUUGCAAGUCAGCAUAUCAAGAGUCCAAGAGAUAUUUGGCUCUAUACAGAUGUUCCGGGCCACCGCCAGAGUACCCCUAUACACUUCAAAGAUUCCGUGAGAAAUAUUCCUAUUCUCAGACGUGCGGUGAAAGAUUCAGAGGGUAACUGGAUGACUCACCCAACAAAAGCUUUGACAUAUGCACGUGCACAGGAAGAUGAGAUUCGAACCAGCAGGUCGGCAGGGUUUAAGGAACCUGGCUCCUUGUACAAAUACCGUAAAGGAGCCGCAGCAAACUUGAGGCACCUGGACGAGCAUUCUCGAAAUCAGGUCAUGGGACAUAGGAGAGGGGGCGCUUUUGCAUACUAUGUUCAAAUAAGGGACGAUACUCAAUCCGCUUUCAUGGAGACACCGGCAAGGGAUGCCUUGCUCAAGCUGUCCAGUAAUGCAAGUCUGACGAGAGAUGCAUCUGCUCCCCAAGAGCUCAGCAAGCAAGAAAAAAUCAACAUUGAACUGAACCCGGAACUCAAAGAUUUGAGGCAAAAAUGCGCAGAACUCCGUCGUGAUAUCAUCUCGAAAUAUCAUCAGAUUCAAAAAGCAAAAGGCUCCGAACAAUUUCAGCAGUUGAAACACCUGCAGCGUCAAGUUCGUGCCACGAGAAAAAGACUGUCUACACAAACCAUGAAGGCUCGGUACACAGAAUUUUUUCACAAUAAUCAGGUCAUACCCGAGCGAACCACUAUUGCACAACUUGAGUUUAAAAAUCGAAAUGCAGACACUGUCGACGAUACAGAGCUCCUGGAAGAUCGUAUCAAAUCACUUGAAUUACGCUUACAGUUGCAUCAGCUCGAGAUUCCAAAGCAACUGCAUACCAGAAUCAGUAUUGAUACAACUGUUUCAGCAGAGUUGCAAGCAGUAGCAGUGACUGCAAGCCUUAUGUGCCCAGUGUGUCUCGGUCGCACCAGUCUCCAUCCACGCGCGAGAACGUAUCAAUACGCCAGAAAAGACACUCUGCAGAAACACUUCGCAACACAUAACUUAUCGAGGAGCUUUUUUAGUGGAAGAAGUUGUGAUAUUCCCGACUGCAACAAAUCCCUACAUUCUCUCACACAAUACAAGCAUCAUCAAGCUACCGAGCAUGGAAUUGAACUGUAG